AGACCGUGUGAUUAUUAAUUGCGAUUAGUGGCGCCGGGCACGGCUCGCCAGUUUCUCAGGGCCACUGCAGUGCCGGCCCGUGGCGGUUUCUGCACUGUAAUUGAAUAGCACCAUAAUCGAGCAGCGUAUGUUACUUAACCGAAAACCGAAGUCGGCCACCCGUUUCGUACAAACGCUCUAGUCACCCCAGGUUGCAUCAUACUCGGCCCAGCAAUGGAACAGAAAUUCAACGAAUCAGCCGAUAAGGUCAAAACGUUCUCCAAGCGGCCAACGGAUGUGGAGCUGUUGGAGCUGUACGCACUGUUCAAACAGGCAACCGUGGGCGAUAACGAAACCGAGAAGCCGGGCAUGUUCGAUCUGAAAGGGAAAGCCAAAUGGCAAGCCUGGGCCGACCGGAAAGGCACCACGAAGGAUGCCGCCAUGGAAGCCUAUAUCAAGCUGGUCGAGGAGCUUUCGGCGAAGUACCAGUAAAGUGUGAUCGGUACCGCUUCCGGGCGGACACACGGGGUGGUACGGGAUGGUGGGAACUUGUUGGUUUUUGUUAUUCUUUCACUAGUUUUGUUCCUUCAAAGCAAGUGAUCCGUUAACAUGCACACGCAACGCACGCAAUCGAUUUAGGAUUCCGGUUUUGGUACACAGCCAUAACUAAGCGCACCACAAACUGCCUUAAAGUGCCUUAACAAAAAACAGGAGUGCCAGUUUGGCGUAGACCAAAAAUGCUGUUACACGGGUUUAUUUAAUAUCUAGUUUACACGUUAUGAAACCCAAUAAAUGAAUGAAUCAAAUGACA